AACCCUUCGAAACCCCUCGGCCCUCUUUCCCUUUACUGUUUCUUCUACGCAGCCUGCCUGAGAAGAUUUGCUGCCUCAAAAGUUCCAGGAAAUAGAGGUUUUUAAACUUUGAUAUCGGUCUGCCAAAAUGUCUGGAGAGGAUGUUGUUGUUGCAGAGAGUCCUGCGCCUGCCCUUGGAGAACCUAUGGACAUCAUGACUGCUCUGCAAUUGGUAUUGAAAAAAUCAAAGGCUCAUGGAGGGCUUGCUCGAGGUCUGCAUGAGGCUGCUAAAAUAAUUGAGAAGCACGCUGCACAACUCUGUGUCUUAGCAGAGGAUUGUGACCAGCCAGAUUAUGUAAAACUGGUCAAGGCUCUUUGCGCUGAUCACAAUGUCAGUUUGAUUACAGUACCUAGUGCCAAGACUCUUGGUGAAUGGGCUGGUUUGUGUAAAAUUGAUCCUGAAGGUAAUGCAAGGAAGGUAGUUGGCUGCUCCUGCAUUGUUGUGAAGGAUUAUGGAGAAGAGACUGAAGGUCUUCAUAUUGUUCAGGAGUACGUGAAAUCCCAUUAAACGCAUGGAUUAGAGAACGCAUGGAUUAGAGGCUCUUAUUUUAGAAUCAUAUCUUUUGCUCCACUCUAUCCAUCUUUUUAGGAUUCUUUCUCUAUAGUUGCUGAGCCUCAUUCUUUUCCACAGGAUGCUCGAAUUAUUUACAAGACAGGAUGUAUGCAUUUAUUUUGGACCUUCUUCUUUGAUUACAACUUUUACAUGAAUCUUGGCUAAA